CAAUGUUUUAGGGGCAACACUUGAGGAUAUUGCUGAAGAGGAGGAACAACCAGAAGAAGAGGAUGGGGAUAUUGGUGAAGAUGAUGAGAUGGCAAAUUUUAUUGUGGAUGAAGAACAAGUUGAUGACAAUGGCGCUCCUGUGAGGAGGAGGAAACCAAGUAAAAAGAAGUCAAGGCAAGCACCUGGUGUGUCCACAAUAAGCGCUUUCAGGAAGAAGCUCGAAGGAUUGACGAUGAGACGAGGCUUGCAUUGAAUCAACAGCUUUUCAACUUUAUUCUUGAGUCUCUUAAGGUUGUCGAAUUUGAAAGAGAGGUUGAUGAUGUUGAUGUAAAUUUUAAUUUGCAUUUCCCUCCAGGUGAAGUGGAAGUGGAAGAAGGGUAGUUUAAGAGGCCAAAAUGAAAAUCUCUGUAUAGUAUUUAUAGUAAGGCUAGUCUAUGGGAGGUAGCAAACAAGAUGUGCUCAAAGGUGCCAGGCACAUGUCUUCACUCUCCAAGUGCUAAUGAGCAGCAACGUAAGAAAAAUGACCAACAACGUCUAUUGAAGUUUAUGACAGACCACCAGCCUCAUGUUGUCAUUUUGGGAGCAGUGAAUUUGAAUUGUAAAUGUCUGAAGGAUGACAUCUAUGAGGCUGACAAGCUAAAGAAGUCAGUGGAGGAUGAAAUUCAUUUUCUCAAGGGAAGGGUUUCAGAACUUGAAAGUGAUCUUGUGUCGAAGUGCAUAGAAGUUACAUCUGUAGUUUCAAGGAAAGAAGAAGCUCUAUCUUCUGCAUUUGCUGAAAUUGACCGUCUGAAGGAAGAAAAUUCUAUAAAAACGUGAGCAUUAUUGAAUGCAUAUGGAGGGUGUUUACUGUGUUGGAGUGUAUUUGUUUCUUGCAUAUGAGGGCACGCCUUAGUUGUAAUUCUUAUGACAGGUUGAGCAAAGUGAAGUAUUGUUUA